AUGUUAUCCAGAUUUGGACCAUCAAAUUUGUCUAAAACUAUUACUACAAGAUUAGUGUCAAUUGGUCAAAAUAGAACAAAUUAUGUAUAUGUAGGAGAACCAGCAGCAAAAGAUGGGUCAACAGAUAGUGACAUAGUUAAAGCUCUUAAUUCAGUAUACUUUACUGAAAUGAUUCGUGGAUUUGGUGUAAUGCUUGGUCACUUUUUUACUGAACCAGCUACAAUUAAUUAUCCUUUUGAAAAGGGUCCACUUUCAUCAAGAUUUCGUGGUGAACAUGCACUUCGUCGUUACCCUUCAGGAGAGGAAAGAUGUAUUGCCUGUAAAUUAUGUGAAGCUAUUUGCCCAGCACAAGCUAUUACUAUUGAAGCAGAACCACGACCUGAUGGAUCACGUCGUACAACACGUUAUGAUAUUGAUAUGACAAAAUGUAUUUUUUGUGGUCUUUGUCAGGAGGCUUGUCCUGUUGAUGCUAUUGUUGAAGGACCAAAUUUUGAAUAUUCUACUGAGACUCAUGAAGAAUUAUUGUACAAUAAAGAAAAACUUUUAUUAAACGGAGAUCGAUGGGAACCUGAAUUAGCAGCUAAUUUACAAGCUGAAUAUUUGUAUCGUUAA